AUGGCUACCCCCACCCUCUCCGCCAUGAUCGAUCCCACCAAGCAAGCCGAGUACCCAAUUGUGCUGGGUGAGAGACUGGCCCAGAGAUCAGACACAAGCAGUCUGGUCAACAUUAAUUACAACUACAAGUCAAAGUCCGCCACCCCACAACACCGCUCAACCAUCACCCCCUCCCAAUCGCAAGAUCUAUACGACCUCUCCGUCACCGAUAAGGCCCCGAACGCCGAUCACGCACUGGCCUGGUCAUACAAGGGUAGCGAGGACCCGUCGAGCGAACAGAACCUGGUCCUGGUCUUCGAUCCAGAGCGUAAAGUCUUUGUACUCGAGCCGGUUUCCACAUCGUUCAAUUUCAACCUUCGGUCGGCGCCAGGAAAGACGGAAAAACAGGUCCGCGAACAGUACGAACAACUCCAGAUCAAGUACGAGGACGAGCCUACGAAUUCGGGCGAGGACCGGCAUGCAGGAGACACCAGCGACGACGAGGGUCCCGCCGAUCCAGACAACCCAUAUGACUGGCGACACUACCUCCCCAAGAACCGCGGGCCGGACAAUAAAUACUGUUUACCUUCGCAUAACACCACUCCGGAACCUUCUAUUGCAAGCCGAUCGAACACACCGGUGAUAGCAGCCACCAAGCCCGUUGCUGCGAAACCCUUUCCUCGACCGAAGCCACAAGCAAAUCCUCUGCGACAGAAGAAGCCAGCCGUGACACCGGCGGCCGUCAAACCUCCCGCCGCUAAACCUUCUCCAAAGCCAGCCGAGCCCGCCUCCCAGCCCGCUAGCCAACCUACUAGCCAAGCCGCUAGCCAGCCAGAAAUACUUGAGAUUGAAGAUUCUCGCUCGUCGGUCUCAGAUGCAGAGACAGGAUCUCAACAAGCCGGCCAAUCACCAAGCUCAAACAUCAUCAUUGACGGCGAUCUCAUUAUCGACAUGGGCUCUCCACCCCCAUCCCGCUCCUUCAAAGUCAACCCCGCAUACUUCUCCUCAAACAAUACACCAGCAAACGACGAAAACGGAGAAGAAGAAAUGGGCGAGUUCAGACUCCCCUCCCCAGUUGGCACAACCGCCCACCCAACCUCAUCAGCACCAGCAGGCCAAACCCAAGAAGACGAGGUCGAAGAUGACGACGCCCUGGCUGCAGAGAUGGAAGCCGCUUUCGAGGAAAGUGCCCGGGAAGAGGAGGCUCGCAGCCACCAGUACAGUCAGCCCACUACUUCCCGGCAGUAUGUUCCUAGUGAUGAUGAGAGUGAGGUUAGUGAGGAGGAAUAG